AGAAAGACAUCAAAGCCGCCAGCGCUGAGACUGGCAACUUGGAAUGUCAGGACCAUGUGCCCUGGCCUCUCCGACAAUCUCCAGCAGAUCGAUGACUCAAGGAAGACAGCAGUCAUCAGCCGAGAGCUCAAGAGGCUCAACAUUGACAUAGCAGCACUGCAGGAAACUAGACUUCCAUCCAAUGGCAGCCUGAAAGAGGAGGACUAUACUUUCUUCUGGCAGGGGAAAGCUCCAGAGGAGCAUCGUGUGCAUGGUGUAGGCUUUGCAGUUAGGAACUCCCUACUGCCCUCAGUUGAACCACCCUCAGAAGGCACAGCCCGCAUCCUUUCCCUUCGCCUCACAACAACCUCAGGCCCUGUGAACAUCAUGAGCACCUAUGCCCCCACGCUUUGCUCUACAGCAGAGGCUAAGGACGAGUUCUACAGCCAGCUUGAGACUGCCAUCAAGGAAAUACCCCCCUCAGAACACCUGUACCUGCUUGGCGAUUUCAACGCCCGGAUUGGUUCAGACUUCACCUCCUGGCCUCGAUGCAUCGGCCACUUUGGCGUAGGCAAACUCAACGAGAACGGGCAGCGUCUCCUCGAGCUAUGCUCCUUCCAUGACCUCUGC